AUCAUAUGCCUAUAAGUACUCGCAUCUUAGAUAGUAGCUUAACCAGCCAAGAUAUCAGCAAGCAAGAACCUGCAGUAAGCUAGCAAAGGAAAGAUGGCUGAACCGGUUAAGCUAAUCGGCACAUUGGCGAGCCCAUUCGUCCACCGCGCCGCUGCCGCCCUGCGGCUCAAAGGGGUGCCCUACGAGCUGAUCCUGGAAGAUCUCCAGAGCAAGAGCGAGCUGCUGCUGAAGCACAACCCCAUCCACCAGAAGGUGCCGGUGGUUCUUCACGGCGACCGAGCCAUCUGCGAAUCCCUCGUCAUCAUGGAGUAUAUCGACGAGGCCUUCGACGGACCGCCCCUCCUGCCGACUGAUCCCUACGACCGCGCCACCGCCCGUUUCUGGGCGCAGUUCCUGGAACAGAAGUGCUCGAGGCCGUUCUGGCUGGCCAUGUGGCUGGACGCCGGCGAGGAGCAGAAGGGGUUCGUGAAGGAGAUGAAGGAGAACCUGGCGCUGCUGGAAGGGCAGCUUCAGGGGAAAAAGUUCUUCGGCGGCGACUCCAUUGGCUACCUCGACGUCGCGGCCUGCGGGUCGGCUCACUGGAUCUACGCGUUCGAGGAGGUGACCGGGGUGAGCUUGAUGGGCGAGAACGAGUUCCCUGCUCUGCGCCGCUGGGGAAAGGAGUAUACUGAGAAUGAAAGCGUGAAGGAGUGCCUGCCGGCGAGGGUGCAGCUCGUCGCCCUCUUCAGCGCGAUGAAGGACAAAUACAAGAUGAUAACAAACGGGAUGCUCCAUCAGUAGUAGCAACUCGAUCGGUGCAAUGCAGUGUGCCAGUAUAAUUAUCCAUGUUGUGUGCUAGAAUAAAGUUUGUGGAAUCGUGACUCCAUAAUCUACCGGGAUGUAUUCUUAUGUAUGUGUGUGACAUAAAAAAUCAUGAGUGCUUAAUAUUGGUGCUAUAUGGGUGUGUCUAGGGCCGAAAAUGCUGCACUUGCGAAUAAGUCUUACGAAAUCUUACGUACUAACUCCCCUUUCCCCUAAUCAACUACUAAUCCCCCUGAAUUUCGUAACACUAAUUACGUAAGCAAUUUACGUAGGUGUAGAAGAACUCGUCUAGGGCUCUUCCAGAUAUGACAAAACUAUAUCACAUCUAAGUAUGACAUCAACAGUAUUGUGGCCACGAGAGAUAUGUCUUGCUUACAGCGAGACGGUAGCUUCUCUCAUGUCGAGUAUCUACAGUAACGGGCCGGGCAUUAGCGCACUUAAAAGAAAUGGCAUAGAGAAAAAAAUGUUCGAGAGCCGGGUCAUUAGCGCACUUAAAGAAAUGGCAUAAAGAAAAACUACAGUAACAGGCCAGGCCAUUAGCGCACUUAAA